GCGCGCGCAUCCUCGCCGGGCCAUGGAGGUCGAUGAGCGAGACGAGAGGCGGCGCAAGGUGGAGGCCGGCCGGGCAAAGCUUGCUCAGUUCCGACAAAGAAAAACAAAAGGCGACAGUUCGAGUUCGAAGAAAAAGGCGUCGAAGAGGAAGAGCGAGGCUGUCCAUGCGGCUGUCACGGAGAAGGAGGAGGAGUGUACGGUAGCACCCCCGGAUGACGAGCUGCCCCCAGACCUGGCGCAGAGUACGGACACCAGGGCGGGCAGCGACUCUGCAGAGGGGGGAGCCCUUGCCCUGGAGGCCAAGGACAGCAGAUCGUCCUUAGCCACAGAUCCCAGAGAGCCUGACGUGCCGAGGGCUCAGGGCAAGGUUAAGAUGCUGGAAGAGAAACUCGCAGGCAAGCAGGAGGACAUUGACCUACUGAGUCAGGAGGUGGGCGAGCUUCAGGCGAGGCUGGCCCAGUGCUCUGAGGCCACUCAGGUGCAGCAGGAAUUAGAGAUGGCAGUCCAGGAAAGAGACAAAAUCAUUGUCCGCCUGACCAGCACCCUUCAGCGGGAGAGGCAGAACCAUGAGCACGACCAGCAGGAAGCGCUCCUCCUGGCCAGUCAGAUGCAGGAUUUGCAACAUCAGUUACAAGAGAAUAGCGAGCUUCUGAAGAGCAAGAUGCCAGCCAAAGGAGGCUUAUCCUGGCCCCGGCCCCCAGCAGCAGCCUCUCUGCAGUGCCCACCAGAGCCAUAUUCCCCCCAGCAGAAUAUCAAAGAUAAUAUGUUUGCCCAGAUGGAAGAACUUUUGAAAAGCGCUGUUCAGAAGCCAUCACAGGAGGUCAAAGAGAAGGAAGGGGUGAUCAGCAGUCUCCAAGACCACUUAGGCCUUGAUGAGGCCGUAAUUUCAUUACAGCAUGCUUCUUCGGUGAAAGACUCAGAAAUCAGGGAAUUCAAACAGGGAAAGCGAGACUGUGUUGAGAAGUCCCAAGCACAUCCCCAAAAGGAGGUGGAACUGAGGUGGAAUAUGUUAGAAGAGAAGCCUGAGUUCAGGGUCGCAGAAGUGAGAAAGGCUUGUGGAGACUCAGUGGAUGGGAAAUACAGGAAAACAGACAGGCCCACAAGGCCAGGAGCCCCCCCAGUGACAGGCCCGAGCGACAGGCAGCCACAGAGUCUCGGUGGAGUUAACAUCAAUUUAAGGAAUCAACUCCAAGAGUCAGAUCCACAUAGAAAUGGCUUAUGCGCCACUCCAGAGAGCCAGAUGACAGCUUUUCAAAAGGAAAGAGAUGAGACUAAGUGGAUGGAGAAGGAUGUGAUAGAGGAUCUUAAAAGAAAGCCUUCUUCUGCAGAGAAACACUCAGAGGAAGCUUGGGGUGCCAAGGAUGAGGAGGUACAAAAACUCAGCUCCCGAGUCCAAGGACUGAAUGGGGAAUUGCUGCAAGAGCCUGAAAACAGCCAAGGCCUACAGCUGGAGCACAACGAGGGCAUCACUGCCUGGGACACAAAAUCAGGACGGUCAGAGCAGGAGGAAAGAGGGUUGCCAGGUGUUGUUGAUGGCGAGGAAGCUGAACUUGAGAGGAUGCAGAGCAAGCUGUGUGUCCAGCCAGGAGAGCCGCUCUGCCGUGAGUCGGAAUAUCAGACUAUUCUCAAAAGGUGCAGUUUAGAAUCUGAAGAAGAAGAAGACCUGAGUGAGGAUGACCCAAUGAUUGGAGCUGAUACCAUUGAUGGGGAAACGUCACUGGAGGGAUUGGUGGUGGAGGGGGCUGGAGACUUGAUGGAAAAAUACCUGGUCUGCACAGAACAAGAUCAUUUGAGUGUAUCUGAGACCCCCGAAUAUUUUGAUAUAGAAACUGCUUUACAAAGUAAAUCUGAGAGGGAGAGUCUGGGCUUCCUGUCAGAUGAGCUGAUUAUUGGCUUGGGCGAAAAAAUCAAUUUCAAUGUUUUGUCAGUAGGAAAUUCUGCUAAAGUAGAAUCGCUUGCUGACCCAGUAACAAACAAACAGUGUGGCUGUGGCUUCUCUAAGGGAGACUUAAGUGAAAUCUGUGAGUUAAUGGACAAUGAUAAAGUUUACUUGAUGCAGAGAUGUGAGAAGUUAAAUCAGCUACUUAGGGAAAAGGAAUUGGCACUCAGGAAUUUCUCCCAGGAGAUUGAAGAGGCUGAGGAGAGAUGGUGGGAGGGUGGACAUAGCCUUCCAAUUGGACUGGACCUGGAGAGGGCAAGCUCAUUAUCUUGUGAUGAGAUCAUCUCAAGACUGGAGGAAAAGGGUGAAAAUCCGUAUGAUCCUGGGGCUGCAGCUGGGAGCAUCACAGAUUUACAAGGCUCAUUUUCAGCAGCUCCCCAGGCUCUUCUAUGGCCUGGGGUAGCCGAGAUCUUCCAGGAGGAAGCGGAGAGGCAAGUGGGAAAAUUGGCCUCUGACUCAGUGCAUCGUGAGGCUCUGCACAGUCAGGAGGAGGACAGAUGGCAAGGCCAGCUUGGUGCCCACAAAGCCAAGAGCCAAGUGUCUGCUGGGCAUCCGGGUCAGAAGACCACCCUGGAAAAGACUGUGCUGCCAGAGCUGGAGACCCUGAAGGCUGAGAUCACUAUCAAGGAAAAUCUGUUUACACAAAUUGUCAAAGAAAAAAAUACUCUGGAAAAAAGUUUUUCUAAAGAUCAGGAAAAUCUUGAGGAAAACAUACUUGAACUUACUGAGAAAAUUAAAUGCUUAGAAAAAGGAAAGGGGAAUGAAAAAAGAGAGUUUGCUGGACAAUCUGAAUCUGUUUCUUCAGAGGGUCAGAAAUUCAAUGCUGAAAUAAAGGCGAAAGAAUCUGAUUUCAUGCGAGCAGAAAAUAAUUCGAUUCAGCCAUUGGUUUCCUUGAAAAACGCUCAUGAAGAGCCAGAGUGGUGGCUCACAGAGGAGGCACAGAAAGUUGCCCGGACCCUGGACGAUGGCCCAUCUGAGCUGAGCAGCCACUAUGAAAAGCAGAUGCAUCAGAUGAAGCGUCAGCACGAGGUUGAGAGAGCCCAGCUAAGGCGGGAACACCAGAAAGAGGUGGAGGAUAUAAGCGAACAGAUGAAAGAGGAAUUGGCCAAGCAGCAGCAGAAAUGGAACGAAGAGCGGAAAGAACAGAUCGGUGUGAUUAAGAAGAUCCAUGAACGAGAACGUGAUCGUGAGAUUGCGGAGCUGAUUUGUAAACAUAAAGAGGAGAUGAAGCAACUCCGUGAGGGACUUCAGAGCAAGCACCGGCAAAUGAUGGAGGAGCUUCGGCAGCAACUGGGUGCCUUCCACGAAGCAGAGAUGCAGCAGGCCCAGCUUCAGGCGCAGACUCUCCACAGCCUGGAGCUGGAGGCUCUGCGCCUGAGCCUGAGUAAUAUGCACACGGCCCAGCUGGAGCUGACCCAGGCAAACCUGCACAAGGAGAAGGAGACGGCCCUCGUGGAGCUCCGAGAGAUGCUCAAUGACAAGCGGGCACAGGAGGUGGCGCUUGUCCAGAGCCGCCAACAGUUUGAGCUGGAGCACAUCAGGGAGCAGCAUCGUAAGGAGAAGGAAGAGAUGGCCUCAAAGCACCAGCAGGACCUAGCUGACUUGGAAAAUAAGCUGGCAUUAGAAAUGGAGGCACACGUGCAGACAUUGGAGACACUCAAGGGAGACUGGGAGUUGGAGCGGGGCACGUGCUUAAGAAGGUUAGAGGAAGAGCUGGCUGAAAAGCAUCAGGCAGAAGUGGAUAGUGUGCGCGAGGCUCUGAGGGCCCAACUGGCCGACCAGAAGGCCGAGCUGGAGAAGAUGGGCCACGACAAGGCCCAGGCUGAAGCUGCUCUCAGAAGCGCGCAGGCCCAGCACCAUGUGGCGCUGCAGGAUCUUCGCCAGGAGCUACAGCUUCAGCACGACCAGUACUUAGAAGACAUGAAUCUGAAAUUCAAAGAAAAGCAGCAGGAGAGUGGUUUCUGGAGCCCUCAUGGAAUUCCUGGUGUGAAAGUUCCCUCCACUGAGCUGGACACUCUCCAAGCCUCCUAUGAAGAACUCCAGGCUCAGUCUCGAGAAGAAAUCCAGCAGCUGUGGUCUCAGCUUGACUCCACACGAGCCAAUCGACAAGAGUUGAAUGAGCUCAAGGAGCAACUUCUGGCUCGAGCGUCCCACGUGGAGCAAAUUGAGCAUCUCAAGCAUGACUUUGAGCAGCAGCAGCAGCGGAGGAGGGGCGAGCACGAAAGCGAGCUGGAGCAGCUUCGCCUUUAUUUUGAGCAGAAGCUUCGGGACGCUGAGGAGAGUUACCGAGAAGACUUGCAUCUGCUCCAUCAGCGGCUGCAAGAAGUCCAGGAGGACUCCUUCCUCGACUCGGCGGAUGUCAGUUGGUCCAUUGGAUUUGUGGAAGAGGCUUCUGAAGUGGAAAGGAAAGCCCACCUGGAGCAGCUGAUGCUUCAGCUGGAGCAGCACAAGGAGGGGAUAGCACAUUUGAGGCUACAGCUUGAAGAGAAACACAGGGAUGAAUUGGACGUGUUAAAGGCUUCUCUGGAGACUCAUCACAAGGAGAAGUACAUGGCAGAGAUGGAAAGGGAGAAGUGCCAGCACCGCCUCGACCUUGAAGAGCUGCGUGCCAACCUCACAGAAGAGCACAGGAAAGAAAUUAUCAAGGUGAGACUACAGUGUGCUCAGGAUGCUGCCCGCCAGGUGGAAGCAGAGGUGGCAGAGAGGGUCUCAUUGGGCCUGGAAGACGACAGAGCCAGAGUGGCCCAGCUGCAGGCCAAGGAAAGCCUUAUUUUGCAACUCACGGAAGAAGUUGGCCUUGCAAGGACAGAAAAUGCCGAACUACAGGAGAAGCUGCUGCAUGAGAUCUAUCUGAAGGAGGAGGCCGAGAAAAUAAGAUGUCAUCUUGUUGAAGACCACCAGAAAGAAAUCAAGAAGAUGAGGGAAGAGAUUCAGCAGAUGAUCCUCAAAGACAAGGACAAGGAGGAAGACUGGCAAGGCCGAAGCAGGGAUCUUAGCAGGCAUGCUGAAGAGAGGCUGGCCGCACUGGCCCGGGAGCUGAACAGCAAGGCUGAGCGGGAGCAGCAGGCCCUGAGCAAGGCGUUUGACCUCCGUGUCACGGAGAUGGAGCAGCUUCGAGACCAGCAGGCGGCAGACAUCUCGAGGCUGGAGGAGUCCCUGAGAAAACGGGAUGAGAGCUGGGCCCAGGAGGAGGCCACCUGGCAGGCACGGGCUGCUCAGGACUUGGAGGCAGCCAAGGCCCAGAUGGCCAGAGAGCUUGAAGAGCAGAAAGAAAUGACGCAGAAACUCAAUGAAAGACAAGAUGCUUUCUUCCGGGAGCUGCAGGAGAAACAUGCCAGUGAGCUCCAGAUGCAGAGUCAAGAGCUUCAGGACAGGCAGAGACAGCAGACCGAGUCCCUGACCACUAAACUGCAGACCCAGCAUCAUGAGGAGGUGGAUGCCCUCAGGGCUUCUUUACAGAGCCAGCACCAGGCCCAGCUGGAUGCCCGGGUGGCCCAGCUGCAGACCCAGCACGCUGCAGAAAUUAGUGAGCUGGAAGCCAAACACUUGUCGAAUCUGGAUUCUUUGGAGUCCUGUUACCUGUCUGAGAUUCAGACUAUCCAGGAAGAGCACAGCCAUGCUCUGGAAGGGCUGCAGGUGAAACUUGCGGAGCAGCUGCGGGCCAAGGAUGCUGACCACCAGGUGCUAUUGGCUCAGGAGACUGAGAAGCAGCAGCGAGAGCUGCAGCUGGCCCAGGAAAGCCUAAAAAUUGAGAUGACCACUAAUCAUAUUGAAAAGCUGAAAGCUUUGGCCGUGGAGCUGCAAGAUGCCCAUCAGGAGGAAUUGCAGGCAGCACUUCACAGCCAGAGGUCUUUGCUGGAGGAAGAAAACCACAAGGCUUUGGACAGACUGGGUGCAGAGGUGCUCCACAUGGAGGAGCAGCACCGUGAAGCCCUUCAGGAGCUCAAAGACAUCCACGUGGCUGAGCUUGAGAAACAGAGGUCUGAGGCUGGGGAGCAGCUCCAGGAGGAGCUGGGCAGACUGAGAGCCGAGCUCGAGGAAGAUGCCCGAGUAGCGUCCGCCCAGGGCAAAGAGGCCAGACAGCGGCAGGAGCUGCUCUUUCGGCAGGAGAUGGCCUUGCUCAAAGGUCAAGCCCAAGGGCUGGAGCAGCAGGUGGCCCAGCUGAAGGAUCAGCUGGAGACAGAGAAGCAAGCUGCUGGACGGCAAGCUGAGGAGAGAGAGAAGGCUCAGGCCUUUUGCCAGAGGGAGAAAGAGGCACUGACUUUGCAGCUGCAGGAGCAGAGCAGCCUCAUUCUCCAGUUGAAAGAAAAAGUCUUGUCCUUAAGCAAUGAAGUAGCAGAGACUCACGGGGAGUUGGAAAAGCUCCAGGAACGGCGUGAACGAGAGCAUGAGGAAGGGACGAACUUAAUAUCUCUGCUGAGAGCCGAUAUGGACCAUACCCAGCAUGAAAGGAAAAUGCUGCAAGAAACAAACCAGCGGCUUUUGAGUCUGUUUGGGGACACCCUAAAGGCUGCUAUUGCUAUGAAGAGCCAGAUCAGUAAGAGAAUCGGAAUCUGUCUGGAAGAAGAUUUCCUGAGCCAAGAAAGUACCCCAGUGGGGACACGGGGACAGCCAGCUCGGGACAUGUGUCAGCUGCCUGGGGACAUGACACCUCGAAGUUCCGUUUCCCCCCUGGAGUUCGAUCAGACCUUGCCUGAAUGUGAUGAGACAUUACUUGCUUCGACUGACAUAAGUAGUCACGUCCGAGAGAGCUUCUUUUUGAGUCCGGGAGUCACCAUGGAGUGUGAGCAGCCCAUCAGGAGAAUCUAUCAGAGUCUUGGGGUGGCUGUGGACAACCUCCUGGAGAUGAUGCUUAACUCCAGUAAACAACUGGAGGAGACUCGUGAACUUCAUGCUCGCUUUGAAAAAGAGUUUCACCUUAAAAAUGAGGAGACUGUGCAAGCAGUGAGACAGCACCAGGAGCUGAUGGACUGUUUAAACCAGGAGAGUGCGGCCAAGAAUCAGCUGGCACUACAGCUCCAUAAAGCUGAAGGUCUCGCAGAAGGGUACAGAGCUGAGAAGGCUGCCCUGGAGGAGGCCCUCACCCAGAAGGAGAAGUCCGAGCAUCAUCUGGCCAUGGAGGUGGAGAAUCUGAAGGGCCAGCUCCAAGCGCUGACCCAAGAACAAGUCCAGCUGAAGGAGGAGCAUAGCCUGCUGUUGAGGAAAAAUGAGAGGCUGAUUGUGGAGGCUGAGGAGAAGGCCGCUGGCUUACUUAAGGAAAUAGAACAUUUGGUACAGGAACAAUCAGAAACUAAGCUGCAGUCUGAGAAGGAUUGUUCGACCCUGCGUUCUCAGAUGAGAACUUUGGAACUCGAGUUGGAAGACCAGCUUUCACACAACCAAGAGCUUGCCCAGCAAGCAGCCGAAAUCCAGGACCUCAAACAGCAGAUUGUCUCUUUAGACAAACACUUACGGAACCAACGGCAGUUCAUGGAUGAGCAAGCAGUUGAGAGAGAACAUGAACGGGAUGAGUUUCAGCAAGAAAUCCGGAAGCUGGAGGAGCAGCUGAAGCAGCAGCCGCCGGCCAAGAGCCAGCUUUGGGGAGAGCGCCGUGACAGCGAGAGCUUUGAGUUGACCGCUGAGGUUGAAUCUUUACAAAGAAAAUUAAGAGAAAAAAUAGAUGAAUUAAAUGAAUUGGUUAUAAAGAAGGAGCUGGCAGAAAGACAACUAGUAGCCCAAAAAGAUGAAAUCAGAAACCUGGAGGACAGAAAUGCAGAAAUGAGAAGAAAAGUGAGCUGCCUUGAAGAAGAAUUGGAGAAACAGAAGAAAAUUGGAAAAGAGUUGAAACAAGACAAAGAGGCAUUGCAGGAGCAGCAGAUGAACAACCUGAUCCAGAUGUCCACAUUACAGUCAAAACUGGAUGAAGCAAAACAUUUGACACCCACCCUCGGGAGCCCGGAUGAGAAAGCCUCUAAGGAGCGGCUGGAAGCGGCACAGGCAGCUCUCCUUAUGAAAGAGAAGGAGGUUCUGGGCUUGAAGGAAGAGCUAGAUCAGCUCAAGAACAGUCUGACAAGUAGAAGUGAUGAGCUCCUGCAGCUGAAUCUGGACUUGGCCCUGCACAACAGCCAGCUCAGUGCCAGUGUCCAGGAACUUUCUGCUGAGAAGGCUGACUUGCAGGCAUUUCUACAAAGCAAAGAAAAGGAGAUUGUGUCUUUGAAUGAGCAGAUUAAGGGAUUACAGCAUGAGGUAAUGAAAGCCGGAAGCUCUGAGAUAGAGGAGCUAAAAACUGUGAUUGAAAAUUUGCGUGAGAACCAAGAACGGUUAAGAACGGAGAACCUAGAAGAGGUAGAGCAGCUGCACGAAGUCAUCGAGAAGCUUCAGCAGGAGCUUUCUCUGCUGGGGCCCGUGGUUCAUGAAGUCAGUGAUAGCCAGGGUGACUCGGACAGCUCCCAGGCUGAAAAUCUGCAGCGUGAGCUGCAGAGGGGCCUCUUUUCUUUUCAGGCCACCGAUGCCGGCAAUGAAGCGAGGAAGCUGCUGCAGGACCCCCAAGUGAAGCUGCUGCAGGAUGAGCUGGAGGAGAAGGAAAGACAGUUCCAGCUGCACGUGGAAUUCCUUGAGCAGGACCUACAGAGCGUCCGCACGGCUUCCGCAGAGCAGCUGGGCCUGCUCAGGCACCAGCUGUCUCUGAAGGAGGGGGAGGCCAAGAGGACAGCCUCACAUGCCCGGCACUGGAAGGCUGCCUUCCUCAAGAAGGAGGCCGAGGUCAGCACUCUGACUGAAGAGAAGGGUGUGUUCCUGGCCCAGCUGGAGGUGCUCACGGUGGCCUGCUCUCACCUGGAGAGGGAGCUGGAAAGGCAGCAUGCGUCAGGCUCCCAGGAACCUCCCGAGCUGCAGAUGCUUCGGGCUCAGUGUGUUGGCCUGAACCUGAAGCUGCAGGCCCUUAGCCAGAAGCUGGUCACUUACCAGACGGCGCUUGAUCAGCACCAGGCCUGUGGUCCCCAGUGUCAGGGGAAGAUACAGAAACACUUGAAGGAAGUGGACGCUCUCAGCCCACCUAGGACACGGGGGCCUGGGCAGCUUCAGUCUGGAGCUUAUGCUCAGGAGGAUCAUUGGAGCAAUCGGGUCUCUAAAGGAGGACCUUGUGCUCUGGCUACCACAGAGGAAGAGCCUGGUCGGGAUGCAGGGCCAUGGCGGCUGGCUGCUGCUACCCAGGGGCAGUGUGGUGAUGGAUUGAUUCAGCAGAAACCAAUGGAAAGUUAUCAGCUGCACAAAGAAGAUCUGAUAACCCAAGUGAGACACAUCCAAGAAAAGCUACAUCACCUGAUCAAGUCUGUAUCCUGUGGAGAUAGCAGAGAGGCUGAAGGCUGGACACGGCUGCACCCACGGGGACUGUCAGAGCACCCUGUAGUGGCAGGUCCUCCCCAGAGACCUCAUAGGCGUGUCUCAAGGACUGCUCAGGGCCAAUCACCAGCUGACCCAGGCCCUCCCGCCUCACAAGGGCCAGUCUCCAACAUCCUCUGUCACUUGUGGGACUCACCUGAUAACAUUCAAAGUCCUGAUCCCCCAGGACAAGUCAGACACAAAUUCAAGAUGGACCAGAGCCUGGAUUCUUUUCCAAGCAGCCCUAGUGGAGACCUGUAUGAUGCUGAUCCCCUGAUUUCCGAUUGCUCCUACUUUGAGGAGCGAACCCCACCAUUGAUGAAAAGACAGGAUUCUCCCCCUGUAGAUGGAAGUGGGUUUCCUCUUGAGCCAAGUGAAGAGUCUGCACACGGCUCGCCUUCUUUGGCCCAUAGCGCCGAGAAUGGGUCACAGGAUGCAGAGCCCCUGGACACCAUUCAGCACUUCCGAGAUACAAUCCUGGACACGGAUGCCUCCUCGCUGGGCUCCCCGGAGCUGGUCAGAAAAGACUUUACGUCCGAAGGUCUGCCUAGCAUCCAUCUGACGCCCCUCUCCCAAGCUGCUGACCUGCAGAGCCCGGACUUGGCUUGGCGAUCAUUGGCUCUGCAGGAUUCUUCAGGAUAUUUGGGUUAUCCUGCUCUCUCAGGGCUGGGAGCAGCCCCCCCAGCUUCCCAGUCUCCAUCUUGUAGGGAAAAGUCACAGCCUGAUGCCAGCCAUGACAUCAAAAGGAGGACACUGGAAAAAGAUGGUGAAGACUUCAUCACACCAACGGAUUCGCAAGCAGACCUGCAGUCCAAAUCACCUGGCUUGGGCACGGACAGUGAUGGACAUGACGCCGAUUUUCCAGACAAACUGAAGCAAGAUUCAGAAAGAUCGAGACCUCUACACACCCACCUUGUGGCUCAUCUUCAGAAAUCUGGAAUGGUUCAAAGGCCUUUCAAACCAAUGAAGGAUAAGUUAGACAUGCAGUCCAAACAGAUGAAGGCAUUACUGAAGAUGGUAUGCGAUGAGAGCCAACAGAUCUUGGUCUUGUCCAAAGCUGAAGCCCCUGGCCCAGAGCUGGGCAGUGACCCACUGAAUGCCCCGCCGGAUUGCUUUCAGAAGGAGAGGCAGGGCUUGCUGGACGCUGUGCAGGCCCUCAAAGACCACCUCACUAAAGUGCCUCCCAGAAGCGAGUUGAAGGAACCUUCGGACACAGGCUUUGACUGGGGAGAAUUUCUGCAGGCUGUCCAAGAAGUCCUGGAAAAGGAGCGGAAUGUGCUCAAAAUCGAGCUCCAGUCCAAACUGUGCAACCUGGAGUCAGGAGAUGACAGGUCCCUGCUGGAAAAGCUGGAGGACGUCGUCAAGGAGCAGGGAGAACUGCAGAAGAGAACUUUGGAGAACCUUCACUUGAGUGACCGGAGCAGCCUGUUGUCCGAGAUCCAGGCCCUGCGUGCCCAGCUCCGCAUGACCCAUCUCCAGAACCAGGAGAAGCUGCAGCAGCUCUAUGAGGCCCUCACCAACGUCGAGGACCAAGGCAGCAAGCAGGAGUACCAGUUCCGGAGGCAAGUUGAGUUACUGGAGUAUAAAGUGGAGCAGGAGAAAUGCAUAGUGAGUGAUUUGCAGAAGACUCUCACUGAAGAGCAAGAAAAGAGCACAGAAAACCAGAAGCUUCUGCUGGCGGCCCAGACCACAGCCCAGGAGCUCAAGACUGAACUGGCAGAAUGCAAGCAGGAGAAGGAGACCCUAGCCCAAUCCCUGAGAGAGACCCAGAAAGAGGCUGCCCACCUGAGAUCCAUACUGGAAAAUAGAGAGCAAGAUCUGAAGGCAGCCCUGGACAGGCUGCAGGCUGAGAAGCAGAAAGCAAAGGAGCUGGAGGCCCUUGUGGAAGAGGAGCAGCGGCAAAGUGUGGAGAAGGCCGAGCUGCGGUCCAAGGCCAUCGAGGAGCUGCAGGCAUCUCUGGACAAGCAGCGCAGCCAGAACGGGCAGCUCGCAGUCAGCCUCCAGCAUGAGCAGGCUGAGAAGGACAACCUGAAGAAGGAACUUCAGAUCGAGUACUCGCGCUGCGAGGCGCUCCUAUGCCAGGAGCGCAGCCAGGCGUGCGAGCUCCAGAGGGCACUGGAGGCAGAGAGGAGCCGCUCGGCGGAGCUCAGUGAGGCCCUGAACCAUGAGCGCCUGGUCACAGAGCAGCUGAGCAAGCGUGCCGGCGAGGUGUGCACGCAGAAGGAGGCCCACCUGCAGCACGCCUUUGUGCGCAAGCUGAAGGAGGAGAAGGCUCGGGCCGCCGAGCUGCAGGCGCUGCUGGAGGAUGCCCGCCAGCAGGGUGUGGCCAGCCAGAAGCAGCUGGAGCUGGAGGUACAGAUGCACCGCGAGGAGCUGAAGAAGGAGAAAGAGGGCUGGCAGCGAGAGUUAGAGCUUCAGCGGCAGCGGGACGAGCACAAGAUCCAGCAGCUGCAGCAGACGAUCGCCGAGCUCGAGAAGGACAAGGGCUUUGUGCCCAGCAGAGUAUGGCAGGAGUGUGGAGCCGGAGUGGCCCUUGCCCCCACCAUGGAAAAGCCACAGGGGCCUCACAACCAACUGGAGAACGUCCGGCAACAGCUUCUGCACGUGGUCGGCCUCCUGACCAGCUUCAUGAACCAGACCGUUAACAGAACAAUCAGUGACUGGACGUCAUCAAAUGAAAAGGCCGUGACAUCCUUGCUGCUUACUCUGGAGGAAUUGAAAUCCGAACUAAUGUCAGGCUUCCCUCAAGAGGAAGACGUGGCUGCCAUGGGACCACCGCCGGUAGUCACGUGGUUGGGGCAGAAACACAAACCUGGCACCCUCAAUAAAAAAAAUGCCCAGGCCCAGAUCAGUCUUAUUGACGUAUUGCUGAAGGAAAACGGCUCCCUCACCAAAGCCCUGAGCACCAUGACCCAGGAGAAGCUAGAGUUGUGCAGAACUGUCUCCAAGCUGGAGAAGACACUCAAGCACCAUCUGCAGAAGGGCUGUGGUCACAUCUACAAAUACGUGGACCGCAUUGGCACGUUACAGAAAGCUGACAAGGCUGCCUGGAAACAACAGAAAAUGGCUUUACAAGCCUCGAGGCAUGGCGAGUCAGGGAUGGUGAAAGCUGCCUUUAAAAGCGAAGCCAGCCAUGGAGGGAGCAUGUGUCGCAUCAGGAUGGAAAAGUUAUACCUGCAUUUCCUACGAGCAGAGAGCUUCCGGAAGGCCCUGAUUUAUCAAAAGAGGUAUCUCCUGCUGCUGAUUGGGGGAUUUCAGGAUUCCGAGCAAGAAACCCUCUCCAUGAUUGCACAUUUGGGAGUGUUCCCCUCCAAGAUGGACAAGCGGGCUUUUUCAUCUCGCCCCUUUACCAAAUUCAGGACGGCAGUCAGAGUGGUCAUUGCGAUAUUAAGGUUACGCUUCUUGGUGAAAAAGUGGCAGGAACUGGAUCGAAGAGGGACGUUUGCUCAGAGCAGCGAGCUCGACUCAGUGCCUGAGGAAGCGGUGGAAGUUUCGAGACAGCCGCAACCACCACCGCUGUCAUCCUCGCCGUCGCUCCCUGAAACCACCAGCUCCCCACCCACACAAGAUCUCCCCUUGAGCUCUCUGAAAUCGAAACAUUCGCCAUCCCCCACCUACCGCACAUGGGACAGAGCCCUCAUGUCCCCAAGCUCAAGCGCAGAUGUUUAUGACGGCUCUCAAGAUCCAGAGCACUCGUUAACAGAAUACAUUCAUCACUUAGAGGUUAUCCAGCAGAGACUAGGGGGCGUCCAGCCAGAGCUGAGUUCCAAAAAACCUGGCCAUCAGAAGACCAAAAAAAUGAGCCCCUGAGUGCAGUUUCGUUCACAGAGGCAGCAGAAGCCGGGAUUUGUCAGGUUUUCUCUUUCCUUCUGUGUCCCUCGUCCCUUCUUCCUCCUCUUCUGUCUUUUUUUAAAGAAAGCAUCUUGGUGCCACAGCACAGGAUUGUGGGAAGACCCUGCUAGUGCAUCGUUAUCUGCUCUCAUGACAUCAUCACGAGUGCCACUAAUUAAAAGCAUUCUAGUCUCUGUGCAGUGUCUUUAAACCUUGUGUUGUUGUGUGAGCCUGGAGAGCACCGAGCUCGCCUGCCCGUGCCUGCUGCGUGCCUGCCGGUGCCUACCAUGUGCCUGCUUGCACCAAUGAAAUGUAAACUAGGAUGUGUCCUCCUGUUGUGGAUUUUUCUAAAGUGUAUAGCUGGACACCUUGUAAAAAGUCAUUAAAAGCAAAGCGCUGUUUUA